UAUUUUUUUCCCUCUCUCUCUCUCUCUCUCUCUCUCGCUCCCCCUCCCUCCCUCCAUCCUCAGUGUCAGUGUUGGAAUGGAAAAUCCCUAACAAUGGCGAUUUCUUGGCGCUCUCUGCUCCUUCGUGUCGUAGCAACUUUGGGAGUGGUGGAUUGCCUUGGAACUGUUCGAGCCGAUAUUCCUACUACCUUGGACGGUCCUUUCGAUCCGGUCACCGUCCCUUUCGACGUCAGUCUGCGCGGAAACGCCGUUGAUUUGCCCGACACCGAUCCUAGAGUUCGUCGCCGUGUGAAAGGCUUCGAACCUGAGCAGAUUUCCGUCUCUCUAUCCGCUCACUAUGAUUCCGUUUGGAUUUCUUGGAUUACAGGGGAAUCCCAAAUUGGAUUCAACAUAAAGCCAUUAGACCCGGAAAGUGUAUUAAGUGUGGUUCGUUAUGGGACUCUGAGACGUCCAUUAACACGUGAAGCAACAGGCUAUUCUCUUGUUUACAAUCAGCUUUAUCCUUUCGAGGGUCUCCAGAACUAUACUUCUGGUAUCAUCCAUCACGUGCGCCUUACAGGCUUGAAACCAAGUACACUAUACUACUAUCGAUGUGGAGAUCCCUCUAUACCUGCCAUGAGUAGUACCUACUCUUUCAAGACUAUGCCAAUCUCUGGUCCAAAGAGCUAUCCAGGCGGAAUAGCUGUUGUUGGAGAUCUUGGCCUUACUUACAACACAACUACUACUAUCAGUCACUUGAUUGAUCAUAAGCCUGAUCUUGUUCUUUUGGUUGGGGAUGUUACUUAUGCAAACCUGUACCUCACUAAUGGAACAGGCUCUGAGUGCUAUUCUUGCUCUUUUCCCGACACUCCAAUACAUGAAAGCUAUCAACCUCGUUGGGAUUAUUGGGGAAGGUUUAUGCAGGGUUUGGUUUCUAAAGUUCCAAUAAUGGUGGUAGAAGGGAACCAUGAAUUAGAAGAACAGGUUGGAAACCAGACAUUUGUAGCUUACAGUUCUCGGUUUGCAUUCCCAUCUAAAGAAAGUGGAUCUUCAUCCACAUUCUACUACUCCUUUAAUGCAGGGGGAAUUCAUUUUAUUAUGCUCGGGGCCUACAUUGCUUAUAAUACAUCAGCGGAGCAGUACAAGUGGCUGGAGCAAGAUUUGGCUAAAGUGGACAGAACCACGACUCCAUGGCUGGUAGCUGCUUGGCACCCACCCUGGUACUCUUCCUAUAAAGCCCAUUACAGAGAGGCAGAGUGUAUGAGAGUUGCCAUGGAAGAACUACUCUACUCCUAUGGUGUUGACUUAGUGUUCAAUGGACAUGUUCAUGCCUAUGAGCGGACAAAUCGAGUUUACAAUUACACAUUAGAUCCAUGUGGUCCUGUAUAUAUCUCUAUUGGAGAUGGGGGCAACCGAGAGAAGAUGGCAAUCGAACAUGCUGAUGAACCUGGUAAUUGCCCGGAGCCAUCUACUACCCCUGAUCCAUACAUAGGUGGCUUUUGUGCAACAAACUUUACAUCAGGCCCCGCAGCAGGUAAGUUCUGUUGGGACUGGCAACCUGAUUAUAGUGCCUUUCGAGAAAGCAGCUUUGGCCAUGGGAUCCUAGAGGUGAAGAAUGAGACAUGGGCUCGGUGGACAUGGUACCGAAAUCAGGACACUAACAAUAAAGUGGGAGAUCAAAUUUACAUAGUAAGGCAACCUGAUCUGUGCCCAAACCAUCAGAAGAAGGUUUUUUCUGAUGGUUUGAUUACAAAGACUUUUGAUGAAAUUCUUAGAGCUACGUUGAGAUGAUGAAAAGGAAAGAAAGAAGAAAAGGACAGAAUUGAUGAGUAGCUGCUGUUUGUUAUAACUUCUCUCAAUGUUGUGACAAAAGUAUAUACAACAAAAGUGAUGCAUGUAAAUGAAUUCCCUUAACAGGAAAUAUGAGAACCAACUAGCUUAUAGUUGAUCUUUCAUUU